UGACGUGACGCGGCUGUGAGUCUUUAGAGGAGGGGCGCGUAACGGCAGCAUCAUUUCAUGCCAGCCUGCUUGGAGCAAGUGUGAGACAUUGUCUGAUCCACAUCCACCAGGAUGGGCGCCCUCCACGCGUCUUCCGUAAAGAACCACAAAGGCGCCGGUCGGAACCUUCCAGAACACCAAGCGAGCCUUUCCGAGCAGGACCGUGGGUGUGUGCGCGUCGUUACCUCCGGACUGCACCCGCCCGACUUCCACCGCCGCCCGUCGAGUCAUGUCUGAUCCACAGCAAUGGGCAAGUUCGACGACACCGAGAGGAUAAUCCUCAACGUGGGGGGCACCCGACACGAGACGUACAAAAGCACCCUGAAGACGUUACCGGGUACGCGUCUGGCCCUGCUGGCGUCCGACUCCGACAUCGACUCGGUGCUGGACCACCUGCAACAAGUCCCCGGCUUCAUCGAGUACAACGCGCGGACCAACGAGUACUUCUUCGACCGCCACCCGGGCGUCUUCGCCUACGUGCUCAACUAUUACCGCACCGGGAAGCUCCACUGCCCGGCGGAUGUGUGCGGACCGCUGUUCGAGGAGGAGCUCUCCUUCUGGGGCAUCGACGAGACGGACGUGGAGCCCUGCUGCUGGAUGACGUACCGGCAGCACCGGGAUGCCGAGGAGGCGCUGGACGUGUUCGAGCUCAACGUGGACACCGGGGACGAGGACGACGACGUGGCCAAGAGGCUCGGCAUCGAGGACGUGGCCGCCGACGGCAGCGGGAGCCUGUGGAGGAAGUGGCGGCCGGUCGUCUGGAAUCUAUUCGAGGAUCCCUACUCCUCCCGGGCGGCGCGGUUUAUCGCCUUCGCCUCCUUGUUCUUCAUCUUGGUGUCCAUCACCACCUUUUGCUUGGAGACCCAUGAGGCUUUCAACACCAUCAUCAACAAGACAGACAUUAUGCGGAACAGCAGCCUGCCGGACAUCGGACCGCAGUAUGAGAUUGAAACGGACCCCGCCCUUACAUAUGUGGAAGGUGUUUGCGUUUUAUGGUUUACCAUUGAGUUCCUGGUUCGUGUGACCUUCUGUCCGGUCAAGUUGGAAUUUAUCAAGAGCGUGCUCAACAUCAUCGACUUUGUGGCUAUUCUUCCUUUCUACUUGGAAGUAGGCCUGAGUGGCCUUUCUUCAAAAGCUGCCAAGGAUGUGUUGGGAUUUCUCAGGGUGGUGCGUUUUGUUCGUAUUUUGCGCAUUUUCAAACUUACCCGUCACUUUGUGGGCCUUCGGGUUUUGGGCCACACAUUAAGGGCCAGUACCAAUGAAUUCUUGCUGCUAAUCAUCUUCCUGGCGUUGGGAGUGUUAAUUUUUGCCACCAUGAUCUAUUAUGCUGAACGCAUUGGCGCCAAGCCCAAUGAUCCCACGGCCAGCCUCCACACCAAGUUCAAGAACAUCCCCAUCGGCUUCUGGUGGGCUGUGGUAACCAUGACCACCCUGGGCUAUGGUGACAUGUAUCCAGAGACGUGGUCUGGUAUGGUCGUGGGUGCGUUGUGUGCUUUGGCUGGAGUGCUUACAAUAGCCAUGCCUGUCCCUGUCAUCGUCAAUAACUUUGGGAUGUACUACUCCCUGGCCAUGGCCAAGCAAAAGCUGCCCAAGAAGAGGAAGAAACAUAUUCCCCAGAUAGUACAGGGAGGGUCCCCUGCCUACUGCAAAGCUGAUCUCACCACCACCUGCAACAGCACUCAAGGUGACCUGUGCCACAUCAAAGGGAGCAGGGUAUUUGAACGCAAUCGCUCAGUUGUGUCGGCGGACUGCAGCAGCGGCAGUGACCUGACCACGACUCCAGAGGAGACGGUCCCCAUGCGUAGGUCCAGCACACGGGAGCAGGACCGCCGGAGUGGUGGGACGUGUUUUCUACUUGCUGCUAGUGACUAUAACUGCCCUGCAGAUGGAGGCAUAGGAAAAACAGUGGGAAGACCCCAUUUGGAGGCCUUCCAGCCACUCCUACAGGACAAUAAAGGACGGAAUCUACGCAAAAACCACUAACGAACUGCUGCUCGGCACGCAAGAGGACGACUUUCACCACCGAGGGGAGGACUAUGAUAAGCAUUUAAUCCUGAGCAAGGCAGGAGAAUGAAACAAAGAGGACUUCUGUGUAGCUCUCGCUCCUGUAAAUAGGUCACCAAAAACAGCACAUUUGGUCAACAAGGCUGUCGGGUCGCACCGUGACACUCAAUCACUUAUCUUACUGUGGUGUCCCCCCUUUUUGCAAUAAGUGUACUAGUUGAGGCACUUGGAGUGUAUUCAUAUAUGAAACCCUGCAUCCCGUGUGUACAGUAUAGAGAGACAACUGUGCUAAAUUGAGUGUGACAUCUCUGCUUUUGUUAAGGUUAAAAUGCUCUGCUGUGUGUUAAUAAUGUAGGUUUGUAUCCUAAUAGUCCAGGGCAAGGAAAGGUGAUAUUUUGAAAGGUCAAGUAGGUGGACUCACUGCUAGGGUCCGCCCCUCGCGCCUCCCUCCCUCUCUUCGAUGCAACUGCCAUUGUAGAAGUCUCCCACUGGGAAUUGAACAUGCAAAUACCCUGCAUUACUGCUGCAAAUCUUCAUAUGAACCAAAUGACUACUUUUCUUGAUGCAGUGGUGGCUAAAAAAAACAACAACAAAAACAGAUUCUUCCAAAAAUGUCCCCCUUUGUGCGAAUUUGUAGCAGAAGUUCGUAAAGUGGGAUUUCUAGAAUGACUGCACAGUAGCAAUACCACACACCCAAACUAUCCUGUUUGUACAAGGGAGUGUAAAAAUACAUACAGUGCAUCUGGAGAGUAUUCACAGCGCUUCACUUUUUCCACAUUUUGUUAUGUUACGACCUAUUCCAAAAUGGAAUAAAUUCAUUUGACAUGAUGACAAUGUGAAAAGACAUCCUGAAUGAAAACCAACGCUUCUUAUCCAACCUGAUGGAGCUUGAGGAGUGCUGCAAAGAAGAAUGGGCAAAGAUUGGUGUGCCAAGCUUGUGACAUUGUAUUCAAAUAGACUUGAGGCUGUAAUUGAUGCCAAAGGUGUAUCAACAAAGUAUUGUGCAAAGACUGUGAAUACUUAUGUACAUAUGAUUUUUUUUAAUUAAAAAUUUUUUUAAUACAUUCGAGAAAAAAAAAAACUUUUCACAUUGUCAUUAUGGGGUAUUUUCUGUAGAAUGUUGUGGAUAAAAAUGAAUGUAUUCCAUUUUGGAAUAAGGCUGUAACAUAACAAAAGGUGGAAAACAUAAAGCGCUGUGAAUACUUUGCGGAUGCACAGUAGAUUGUCCAAUGGAAUACUUCUGUAAGUAAGUAUGCUGUGUACAGUUGAUCCCUUCUGUUAGCGAGGGUAACAGUCCAAGAGCCCUGGUGAAUGUCAAGAAAACCGCGAAUAAUGGAGGCACCAUAAACAGACCUAAAAUGCAAAUUUUUUGGCCUGUCCCAGUUAUUGACAUUUAGUUUUGCAUCCUAAAAAAACGACAUGCAUACAGUAGUCUUAACUCACCACAUACUGCUUGAUGUAGUGUGACCUCACCCCAUCGCAGAUUUUUAAAAAGCAAUUUAUUUAUCUUCUAAAAGCAUAUUUCACCAUUUUGGGGGCCUAAAUUAAAACAUUUGAAUGGCCAAAUAAACUAAAAAUCUCAAGACUACAGUAGUAUUGUCCACUAGAGGAGACCAGCCCAUUGUUUAGUUUAUUGGCCACUGAUUGGCUCAGCCUCAGCCAGCAUUACUGUAUUGUAUUCAAAGAGUGUAAAAGUGACUAAAGGAUGUUAUUUAAUGUCUAAAGAGUUCUUAUAAUUUUAGCCUGCAAAUAUACAGUACAGGCCAAACGUUUGGACACGCCUUCUCAUUCAAUGGGUUUUCUAUAUUUUCAUGACUAUUUACAUUGUAGAUUGUCACUGAAGGCAUCAAAACUAUAAAUGAACACAUGUGGAGUUAUGUACUUAACAAAAAAGGUGAAAUAACUGAAAACAUGUUUUAUAUUCUAGUUUCUUCAAAAUAGCCACCCUUUGCUCUGAUUACGGUUUUGCACACUCUUGGCAUUCUCUCGAUGAGCUUCAAGAGGUAGUCACAUGAAAGCAUUUUCACUUCCAGGUGUCAUA